UUAUUAUAUUUUUCUCAAAAUGUCUUCCAAAAGGAAGAGCAAGUCGCGUUCAUCCCGCGCCGGUCUCCACUUCCCCGUCGGAAGAAUCCACAAGAUCCUAAGGAAAGGGAACUACGCGCCCAGGAUCGGGGCUGGAGCGCCUGUUUACUUGGCAGCAGCGCUGGAAUACUUAUCAGCUGAAAUACUGGAGCUGGCGACGGAAGUGGCUAAGGAGAACAACAAGACGAGAGUCAUCCCCCGACACAUACUGUUCGCCAUCAAGAACGACGAGGAGCUCAACAGAAUGCUGUCCGGAGUGACCAUCUCUCAGGGCGGCGUGCUGCCCGCUAUACACGCGCAGCUGCUGCCCAAGAAGACGGUCAAGAACACGCAGCCGUCACAGUCACAAUCAUCACAGUCAUAUUAAUGUGUAUUUUUUAUUAUAUCAAAACUAAAAGACAAAGUCCUUUUAGGGCUGCACCUAGUUUCAGUACUCCAGCUACAAAACUCGUUACUAUACACUGUCCUCUAUUUAAUUGUUCACUUUCUGCUAUCUAUCAUUUAAUAUAUGAGAAUUUAAAUAAAUGUUAUGUUGUAAUACAAAAUACAUUUUAUUUCACAAUAAAA